AUGGAACUGCUAAUAACGUUUGUUUUGUUGACGCUAUUCUGUACUGUAUCACCUGAAGACUAUAUUUUUGAUCCGACUAGCAGAGACUACACUUAUAAGUGUGAAGUAAUGGCUCGAAAAGCUCGAGAAGGAGAACAGUGUGCGUUAUUUGAAAUCUGCUGUGGUUCAUUUGCCGGUGACAGAAUAAAUGGUGACAAAUGUCAGUUACCAGAUCCCAAAAAUGGAUGCAAUUUUGAUGAACAGACGGAUGUGAGCUAA